UUCGAUUUCGCCAAUUCAAUUUCAAUCGCCAGCCAAUUCGGACGUUUUUUCGCGUUAUCAGCGUUUUCGUUUUGUGUUUUCGUCCGUUGUUCGCUAACCACCCUCGCCGGCGUCCCGCCCCACCCCCAUUUUGCGCGUGUGUUUUUAUUGUUUUGCUGAAUGAAAAGGCCCGAAUUUCCCCAUUUUUGGGUGCCCACUGUGUCGAGUGUUUGCGGAGGCUGCGGAGAGUCCUACAGAAUGCAUUCGCUGCAUGGACAGUUCAUGAGAAUUUGACAUUUAAGUGCUGGUUUGUUUAUGCUGAAGUUUUUUCGUUUUUUUUGGCGUGGGCUGAGAUUGGCGGACACACCCACCCGAACAUAAAAAGUAGUCCACAAACAUACAAAGUGUGUUUGUAUGUGUGAGUCAGUGAGUGAGAGGAAAGGGAUACGAGCCGGUUUUCGCGAGUUAAUUGACAAAGCAAACAGAGAAACAGCAAACAUAGGCAAACAAAGAAAAGUAAACAAAGUUAUGUUCCAAACAAAUUGAAAGACCCGAGAGUCGUAUUCGUAUUCCUGUGGAUGCGAGGGAGACCGCAAUGAUGCUCAAUUCCCUAUAAUUAGCUUUUGUAUCCCACACACCCCAAAAGAUGGCCAAAACCCCCAUGUUUCGGCCCCGCAACAUGGCCAAAUUCCUGGCAGCCCUUGGAAUCUGCUUUUGGCUUCUCGUUUCGGCCACCGCUCACAACUGUCAGCAUCAGCAUCCCAAGGCCCACGAGGUCGUCCAUGGCGUGCGCAUCCAACUGGCUGAUAGCGAAGAUGACUCCGCCGGAGAGGCAGCCAGGCAUAGCGUGCGCCGGCGCAGCGUUGCCGCCGACCAGCCGCUGCGGAUUCUGCUCGUCUACGACGACUCCGUCUACAGGUUGGAAGAGGAGAAAUUUAAUUUGAUAAAUGACACCGUACUACCGGAAGCCGUGCAGUUCUGGGAACAGGCCCUGAUGGUGCGAGAGACCAAGGGCGUCAUUCGCCUCAAUAGGAAAUGCGACAGCACCCAGGUGUACGUGAAGAAUGGCCACACCCACUGCAUCGACCACUGCAAGGCGACGACCAUGUGCGGCGAGGUGCAGGUGCCCAACGAGCACUUGGAUGUCUGUCGCGUCUGCAAUGCCACUGGCCAGAACUGUCGCAUCGAUAGCAAUACUCAGCCGGGAGAUGGAAUCGAGAACGCGGACUUUGUAUUUUACGUGUCGGCUAGACAAACCCAGCGUUGCUUCAAGGGUCUGACGGUGGCCUAUGCGGCCCAUUGUCAGCAGGAGGCGGCUCUGGACCGUCCGAUCGCCGGACAUGCCAAUCUCUGUCCGGAGAGCAUUAGCACCAAGCCGCAGGAGCUGCAGACGCUGAUCUCCACCGUUAAGCACGAGAUCCUGCAUGCACUGGGCUUCUCCGUAAGCCUGUACGCUUUCUUCAGAGACGACGAAGGGAAACCCCGGACGCCGCGAAAGUCGGAUACUGGCAAGCCGUACCUAAAUGAAAAAUUGCAGAUCCAUCAGUGGAGCAACGAGACCAUCCGCAAGGUGGUGCGAGAGAACUGGUCUGUGCGUGGUGGCCAUGUCAACAAGGUCUUGGACAUGAUGGUCACUCCGCGCGUAACUGCGGAGGUCCGGGCCCACUUCAACUGCAAUAAGCUGGAGGGCGCCGAGCUGGAGGAUCAGGGCGGCGAGGGCACCGCCCUGACCCACUGGGAAAAACGCAUCCUCGAAAACGAGGCCAUGACUGGCACGCACACACAGUCGCCGGUCUUCUCGCGCAUCACCCUUGCCCUGAUGGAGGACUCCGGCUGGUAUCGGGCCAACUACUCCAUGGCCACGCCCCUCACCUGGGGAAAGGGGCUGGGAUGUGCGUUCGCCAUGCGCAGCUGCAAGGAUUGGAUUCAGUUAAACCAUGCCAGGGGUCGCUCCAUACAUCCAUUCUGCUCGAAAGUCAAGCAGGAUCCACUCCAAACCGAGUGCACUGACGAUCGCAACUCGGUGGCGCUGUGCAAUCUCAUCCGCCAUGAUUUCGAGCUGCCCAAGGGCUACCAGAACUUCGACAGUCUGAAUCAUGUGAAGGAUGGUGAAGAGGGAUUCUACGGCGGAUCCGUUUCCCUGGCCGACCACUGUCCCUACAUCCAGGAGUUUACUUGGCGCAGCAAGAAUGUGAUAGUGCGGGGAUCGCACUGUCGCUUCACGGAGAAUAAUCCAAAGCCUGAGAAGAACUUUGCUUUGGAGAGCUAUGGCGAGGGAGCCAAGUGCUUCGACCACAGCGAGUCCAUGUGGGAGGAGCGAUCCUGCCAUCAGACGCGCGAGUGGCAGCACUGGGGCAGUGGCUGCUACAAGUACGACUGCUUCGAUGGGCGGCUGCACAUCCUGGUGGGCAACUACAGCUACAAGUGCUCCUUUCCCGGACAGAAGCUAUCCAUUCGGAUUGCGGCCAACGGAUGGCUGCACAAGGGGGCGAUCAUGUGUCCGCCGUGUCACGAACUCUGCGGAUCCCAGUUCGCUGCCCAGGGAAAGCAGUGUCGACCGGGCGAGGAGGCGGACCCGCUCAACAAGUACCCGCGCGACGUCCUCGCCUGUGGAGCGGCCAGCGAGGUCUCAUGUUCCGUGGCCAUAAUCGCCGCUGCUCUCCUGCUCUUCGGCCUGCGGUGGGGAUUAAGUUAGGCUGGCCAAGAUGCAGGGUGCGGUUUUACUUGCGCUUUAUAUGUAUUUAGUGAAAUUUGUAAAUUUUAGCUCUACCAAAUAAGCUCAACUUGUCUAAAUGUAGGUCGAUUGUAAGUGUAAUACUCCGAAAAGUUGAGUGGGUCGAUUUUUAAAAAGAAAUUUAGCUGCAAACGUAAUCUUUGGACAAUUUUGUAGUAUUUUACUUGAUCCAUAAAAUGUUUAACUUUUUCAAAAUAUUUAAAUGUUUCCUCCUUUUCCUCAAAAUGUUUCAAAUUAUGCUCAAAUUUUAGCUAGCUAAAAUACUGUCCUAAGAUUACUAUUUGUAGCUUGAGUUUUCCUAUUUUUGCUUAUAUUCGUACAAAUUGACCCCUCCUACCAAACAUAUAGGUAUAUAAGCGUAAUUCUAUUUUGUCCAUCCCAAAAUGUGAUCUUUUUUAAGUGUGUCCUCGGAUUCUACCUCCAUUUUGAAAUAUUGGCUUCAUAUAACCAAUCACUUCAACGUGGAGUUUCCAAAGACAGUUCUAUGUUUCUUAAAUACUGAUCUGUACAUUCCAAAGCCUAUUGCGAACAAUAUUUGAUAUUCGGGACGGUGGCGUUUGGCAGUUCCACUUGCGUGUUGUUAAAUUCUUUGUUAUUUAUUAUGAAUAUGGUUUUCGAAAUUUGUUGAUUGCCUUGUGAUUUAUAUUUGAUUAGUUUCGCCUAAGUUCAAUAUGUUUUUCCAUUUCAGCUGCCUAUCAAGCAUUUAAGAUUUGUAAACUCAACCCUCGGUUUGUAAUCUAGAUUUUAAGAACCUAAACUUGAAAUGUGAAUAAACCAAGAGACCCUUUUAAUCGCAA